AUGGCGACAACCGCCAACUCCAGAACAGCCAACGGCAAAUUCGCCGACAUGUCAAAAGAGACGGUUGAGGUCAAUGGCCAGCAGCAUAUGACCACCGACUCUGGCAUGAAGAUCUCAGACCCAGACCAUUGGCUCCGCGUCGCCAACAAGUCGAAUACAGGUCCUACGCUGCUGGAGGACCAGAUUGCGCGCGAAAAGAUCAUGCGUUUCGACCACGAGCGCAUUCCCGAGCGAGUGGUGCACGCCCGCGGGACGGGCGCCUUCGGCACCUUCAAGCUCUUUGAGAGCGCAGAGGACGUCACCACGGCCGGCGUGUUGACCGACACCAGCCGGACAACGCCUCUCUUUCUGCGGUUUUCUACCGUCCAGGGGAGCAAGGGCAGUGCGGACACCGUCCGCGAUGUGCGCGGGUUCGCCGUCAAGAUGUACACCGAUGAAGGCAACUGGGAUAUCGUCGGGAAUAAUAUCCCUGUGUUCUUUAUCCAGGACGCCAUCAAAUUCCCCGAUGUGAUUCACUCGGUCAAGCCUGAGCCGCACAAUGAGGUGCCGCAGGGCCAGAGUGCUCAUAAUAAUUUCUGGGAUUUCCAGUAUUUGCACUCAGAGACCACGCAUAUGAAUCAAUGGAUUAUGUCUGAUCGAGCUAUUCCGCGCUCGUUUCGUAUGAUGCAGGGCUUCGGUGUGAACACCUACUCUCUCAUCAAUGCCCAGGGUAAGCGCCAUUUUGUCAAGUUCCACUUCACACCCGAGCUAGGUGUGCACUCGCUCGUCUGGGACGAAGCAUUGAAAAUCUGCGGCCAAGACCCAGACUUCCACCGCAAGGAUCUCAUGGACGCCAUCGAGGCGGGCCACUAUCCGCGCUGGAAGUUCGGGCUGCAGCUGAUCCCCGAGGAGAAGAAGGACAACUUUGAUUUCGACCCGCUCGAUGCCACCAAGGUCUGGCCCGAAGAGUUGGUGCCGAUCCGGUAUAUCGGCGAGCUAGAACUAAACCGCAACGUCGACGAAUUCUUCCCGCAGACCGAGCAGGUCGCCUUCUGUACGAGCCAUAUCGUGCCCGGCAUUGAUUUCUCAGAUGACCCGCUGCUGCAGGGCCGCAACUUUUCCUACUUCGACACGCAGAUCUCGCGGCUGGGCCCGAAUUGGGAGGAGCUGCCUAUCAAUCGACCUGUCUGUCCGUACUUGAGCCUGGUUAAUCGCGACGGCGCUAUGAAGCACCGCAUCACUAAGGGCACUGUCAACUACUGGCCAAACCGGUUCGACGCUAACCCGCCAGCCGCGCCGGCGCAGGGCGGUUUUGCCAGCUACCCGGAGCCGCAGCACGGAUUCAAAGCGCGUGCGCUAUCGGACAAGUUCAAGGAGCACUAUCAGCAGGCGCAAACCUUCUACAACUCGCUAUCGCAGAUUGAGAAGAUGCACGUGGCCAAGGCAUUCUCCUUCGAGCUGGACCACUGCGUCGACCCCGUCGUCUACAAGCGCAUGUCCGAGCGCCUGGCCGCUAUCAACCUGGAUCUGGCCCGCACCGUGGCGCAGAACGUGGGCGGCGACCCGCCGACAAAGGCCCUCAAGGAGAACCAAGGCCAGAAGGCGCGUGGGCUCAGUCAGCUAGAGUACCAGCCCGAGACGCCGACGAUCGCCACACGCCGCAUCGCCAUCCUCAUAGCCGACGGCUUCGACUAUCCCUCAUACACCACCAUCAAAGAAACCCUGCAGGCACACGGCGCUUUCGUCUUUACGAUCGGCGCCCAGCGCCAGGGCGUCAAGGCCGAGUCCGGGCAGAGCGUUGUCCCCGACCACCACUUCUCCGGCAUGCGGUCCAGCCUCUUUGACGCGGUGUUUGUCCCCGGCGGGCAGCACGUCGCUGCCGCUCUGGCCAAGAAUGGCGUCGCGAAGUUCUGGAUUACCGAAUCGUUCGCCCAUCUCAAGGCUAUUGCCGGUAUCAAUGAGGCUGUGCCGUUUAUUGAACGCCAGAUUGGUCUUGCUGAGGUUAAGGUGGCUUCGUCUGGGACGGCUGCCACGGAUUCAUAUGGUGUUGUUACGGGCCACGGCGACCCUGCUGCAACCCUCAAGGUUGCAAAUGUCGGACCCGAGGCGAAGGGUUUGGCGGAGCGGUUUAUCUGGAACGUGUCGAAGCACCGGAAUUGGCAGCGUGAGUUGGACGGGCUGGCGGAUCAGGUUGCUGCUUGA